CAGCCUCUCGAUUUCUGCUUUGGCUUCAUCCAGUUCUUCGCAGAGUCUCUCCAUUUCUUCACUUGUGGACUGUGGGGGGUUUCUUGUUUUCAAUCGUUCUGAACAAGAAAACUUAUCAAUUAACCAUUCAAAUGGGAUAACGAAGCGGAUUCUACUUAUUCUCUAAUUACACAAAUCUAUGCACUUAAAUCCAAUUGGGAUUCCGAGAAAAUCCAUGAAAAAAAAUAUCCAGCCACGGAAACCCUUUUUACCGGUCACGUUCAUGGAUUUCUAGGAAGCCAAUCAACCAACCAACCAAACCCAUGUAACAAAAUCGAAGCAGAUUGAACAUAAGUAGGAAAACCUAAGAGGAGAAUCAAUAAAACCCCCAAUAAACCCUAAGAUGAAUGAAGCAAGAAGACGGCAUGUAAAAGCAAUCAUCUUUACGACAGAAAUAUAAGGGCAAGGGGCUUUCUUCUCAAAUUUUUUCACGGCAAUCAAAGAACCCCAUCAAAGAAUCCAGAAACUAGUACCUGUUUGUGGAGAUCAGGCGACCUUCGCCAUGGCAGAAUUACUUCUGGCGAAGAAAAACUGAGUGUUGAGAAUCCGUAAUGAUAGUAGUGGGUGGGCGCGGGGAAUGGGGUUUCAGAGUUCUAACUUCCUGGAGAGAGCCGUUAGAAGUGAGAGAGUGAGGGGAAGAGCGAGUAUGUUCGUUUGGAUUUGAAAUAUUGCGAGCGUCAGUACCUCGCCUACUCGGUACUCGUUCGAACAACCGCUGAAUCUGAUUUGCUUUUCUUUGUACGAUUUAAAAAAAAAAAAAAAAGUUGUGAAAACUAGCCGUUACAAUUGGAAAUGGGUUGGGCUUUGAAUGACUAGGUCAAGUCGGCCCAAUAUUCAUUAGCAAAUGGGCUAGCCUUACCGUUUUUCGCCUAGUUCAUACAGCUAUAGACCCUAUUGUUAAUCGGAGUUCAGCAAUAUAUCAUAAAUAGGGCUGUUAAUGAACCAAGCCGCUCAUGAACGGCUCGAUGUCCGACUCGAGAAAAACUCGUUCGAUACUCGAUUAGUCUUAAUCGAGCCGGCUCGCGAACAAGCUCGUUAACUAAACGAGUCGAACUCGAGCCAUACCAUGUUCGGCUCGAAAGCUCGCGAACAAGCUCAUUUACUGGUUUGACAUAAAAAAAAAAAACUAUUAGAAUUCAUAGAUUAUGUAUUGAAAUUAGGAUAAAUAUUGUGUUUUACUUUGAUAGACUUUGCUACAGGUUUGAAUAUAAUUUUGUGCUCAGCUCUAGGUCAAUCUUGAGCUAUCAUGAACAUUUUAUGAGGUGAACUCGAUUUUGGGCUCGUUAAACUUAUUUAACGAGCCGAGCUCGAGUCAAGCUCGAGCUUUCAUUUUCAUAAACGAGUCGAGCUCGAGCUUGCAGAUUAAAGCUCGUGACGAACACGAGCCGAGCUCGAGCUUGAAAAUAUAUUAAUGAGCCGAGCCCGAACUAUGACAAAGCUCGGCUCGAUUCGACUCAUUAACAGCCCUAAUCAUAACUAGCUUUAUUCCCGGGCAUUGGCCAGGUAACUUUUAAUAUUAAUAAUAAUAACAAACAUAUUUUUUUUCAGUUCAUAAUAUAUUAAGUUGACACAAUUGAUUUGACAAUUAUAAAUUUAUGUUGCUAGCAUAUAAUUCAGCCUAAAUUCAUCUCAUAUUUACUCAAUAUCAACAACUGAUUAAGAAGUAUAAAACACAUUCGAAUAAUAUUAAUCUUAUUGUGAACUUGUGAUAAAUUCAUAAAAUUGACAUAGCAAAUGUCAAUGUCUUCGUAAUUGAGAUAUGUUUUAUGCUAAACUUGAGAAUCGAGAUAUUGAAAUUAUGAUAUAGCUUAUGGUGAGAACUUACGCAUGGAAAAUUUUCUCAUAAAAUAUAUAUAUAGUUUUUCGUGAGAACCCAACCCAGGUAACAUUGGAUCAAAUCCAAAAGUCUUUUGACAUUUCUUAAAUUUUGCAUGGCUAAAAACAAAUAGUAAUUAUAAAUAGUAAAAAAAAUAUAUUAUUAAUUGAAUGUGUAAACAAUUUUUUUUGUGUAAAUAGUAAACCAUUAUUCUUAAUUAAAUAAAUAAAUACUUCUUAUGGAUGAUAAAUAGUGCUAACUAAUAAUUAUAAAUAAUAAACAAUAAAUUAACUUAUAGUUUUUCUACUCUCUCCAUAUCUCCACAAUCUCCAAUCUCCCUCCUCUCUCAAUGCCUUAACGGAAAACUAAAAAAUAGCAAAAUCACAAUAAAAAGGAGAAGGUAACGGGAGUCAUGAAGGAAAAAAUAUAUUAAAAAAUAACUAGCUUUAUCCCCGGCCUGUUGGCCGGGUAAAUUUCACGUCUCAAUCAAAUAAUUUAUCAUUAUAUUUUAAUUAUUUUAAGUUUUUAAGUCAUUUACGUUUUUUAAUAAUCAUUUUCAAGAACACAUUUGUGGUCUCUUCUUAAUUCAUAGUUAGUAAAUACUCCGUUUAAUACACGUAUAUGUACCCGUACGUACUUUAUCCGUUUAAAACUUCCGUAUCCGUAUUAUUGUCAAGCCGUUUCAUUUUCCCCCAUUUAUUUGAUGACGCCCGUACUAAACACGUAUAAAACCCGUAUAAUACGUUUAUUAUCCGUAUUUUAUGAAUUAAAUUGUUAACUUUAGUAUUAUUUACAUAUUUAUUUAUUUUUAAAAUGAUUAAUUUUAUAUAUUUAUGACUAUUAACGUACUAUUAAACGUAACUUUAGCUUAGAGACCAAGUAUAAUACCCGUACGUAUUUUUUACGUAACUUUCCCGUACCGUAUUUUACUAACUAUGCUUCUUAUAUGUUUAUGAGAUCAUAACUAAGUAAUAGUGUAUUUCAAAAACUAAGCAAUUAGCAUUUAAUCUAUAUUUUUUAAUAUUUGAUUUAAACAAUACACAUUUAGAAGUUAGACAAUCAAAUUAUAUUCGAUGAAUAUUGGCUUGCGAUUAAGUCUGCCUUUUGUACAUGUUCAUCUUAUUUUGAGGAUGAUGAAAAAGAAGUGCAAUACUAUUUGAGGAUAUCAAGUUUCAAUCUAAAUACUGUGAAAAAAAGUUUCAAUUUAGCUUCUUAUGUAAUGAUUUGUCAACUAAAUAUUCAAAUUGAUUAUUUUAUACAAUGUACAAAAAUCAAUAACAGAUGUUUCAACUAACAUCUAUCCAGAUACUGAAAUCGAAUUUUUUUUAUGAUGGAAGAUAACCAAAUCCAUCAUUUUGAAUAAUAUAAGCUAUGAAUUUCAGAUGCUUAUAUUUUCUUUCGGUGAUAAAUUAGUGUCUAAAAUCGUACCAUGUAGGCGACUGACCUAAAAAUCCUUCUAUCAUAUUCUAAAUCGGCAGGUUUUUUUAAUGUUAUGAAAUGAGUUGAACCACGAUUAAUACAUACACUCUACCGUUGAUUUUUCAAUCCAACCCAAAUGUUUUUACAAUCCUUAAUAUAAAUUAGUGGUUUUGAGAAAUUAUUUCGUGGUUCGAAUUUAAAAACUGUUAUUAACAUAAUGAAGUUUAAUUGUACAACAAUAGAAACUUGCACGCUUUCUUUUUUCCAAACUAAACUUGCCCACAUCUUGAGAAAAAAGUUAAGAAAAAUUUGAAGUUUGACACAUACAAAAUUGUUGGUUCGAAGAUAAAUUGCUAUUUAGUAGGGGAUAAUACAAGUCAAUGGAUAACAAUAAAAAGUAUAAAAAAUAUAAACCUGUGGAGAAUUCUCCAAAACUUACGUGGAGACCCCUUUCCUAAUUUUUUUUCCAGAAUAUUUUCGUUAAAAGGGGACGGGAAUAAAAGUAAAACGUGUGUGAAAAAAAUAAAAAUAAAAAAGGGAUUAAUAUGGAUAAAUGUUGUAGAAGAAAGUUUUGAGAAAAAAAAAUUAAGGGAAACCCCGAACAUUGCGGAGAGCACGAGAAAAUUUGAAUGGGAAGGUGAUUUUGAGAAACCCCUUAAUAUAUUUUGUAGAAAAAUACCCCUCUCUCCAUAUCUCCACAAUCUCCAAUCUCCCUCCUCUCUCAAUGCCUUAAUGGAAAACUAAAAAAUAGCAAAAUCACAAUAAAAAGGAGAAGGUAAUGCGAGUCAGGAAGAAAAAAAAAUAUUAAAAAAUAAAAAAUACCCCUAAAUGCCGAGAAACGUGGGGAAGCCUGGAAAGCUUACGUGGAAGGGGUGGUUUUUCCUAGGGAUGGCAAAAAUAUUCGUAAUCGUGGAUAUCCACCCGAAUCCGACCUAAUUGGGUAGGGUAAAACUCGAAACCGAAGCAUUUUUCGUGGAUACGGGUAAAACCCGAACCCGAAUAUUGCGGGUAAUGUGUGGGCAUGGUUAUCUCACUAUCCAACCCGAACCCGUCCGAUUAUACACAUGCAUAUGUAUUUUGUCUAGAAAUAAUCAUUAUGUUUCUCUAGAAUAUUUUAUAUUUAGCAUAUAAAUAUAAUAUUUUCAUGAAAUUAUGUUGUUUUAAUUAAUUUUCGUCAUUCUAGUGAAUUAUUGUCGUACUUUUCCUCUUACACAAUGUGAGUAUACGUGUGAAUGUUAACAUAUUGGUUGGAAUUAUAAGGAGAAAUUAUUACAUGGAUAACCGUGGAUACCCGAAACCCGAACGGAUAUGGGCAUGGUUUUGAUUUUCUACCAGUGUCUCGAGUAGGUACGGGUAUGGGUAAAACCCGAACUACAUUGGGUAGGGUAACGGAUAUGCACUAUCUGCCCCCGACCCGACCCAUUGCCAUCCCUAGUUUUUUCAAACCCCUUUAAUAUAUUGUAAGAUAUUAAUCACCGAAAAUAUAAUUCUAUCAUCCAAAAGCUUAGAAGAAAUAUUGGCAUAUAUACUAUAUGAGUGAAAUAGACAAUUAAAAAAUAAUCCUGUUUUUAGAGUUAAGCUAUGAAACUAUAAAAUAAAAUACAAAAUACCAAACAAAAAUUAAAAGCUCUCAAUAAAUUCCUAAAUUUUCGCAUGGAAAAGGAAACAACUUUUCUCCGACUAGUAAAAGUGAUAUCGCCGCUCUAGUGUCUCAGCGAGCUAUCCGCCGAGUGGAUGAUUAUGUGGAAUCUCAAAAGAAAAUUGAUCUCAGAUAUGCAUGUGUCUCGCCGACAUUGUCCAUGAUGAAGCAAGCCAUCGGAUGAAGUCUUCGUAAUGAAAAAUAAUUCACGUCGUAAAAGAGUUGAUGCAGUGUCCAAGAAGCAAAAGCAAGGAUUAUAUGAAUGAGCAUUUAUGAAGCUGAGGAGAAAGGUCUUUAGCCGCUAAUCGUCGAGACACAUUGCCAUAAUCUCAUUGUGAGAUUGAAGAAUGGCGAGGAAGGUAGAACGAAACCGGGGAGAUUCUAUGAUAAAUUGUCAAGGAUGCAAUCGAGUCAAAAGGGAAGAGUUUUAAAUUAUUUAAAAUAGCCAAUCGACAACCAAUCUCAUGAUACUACAAUUAUUAUUAUUAUAAUAAAACCUCAUCAUGCUACACAACAAUUCGAAUGGUGGGCUGAUAGGUGGGGAGGUCCAGUUUUUAUUUUAUUUUAUUUUAUUUUAUUUACUCAUAUAUUCUAAACACGAAAAAAAAAUCUUCAUUUCCAUUUCUUUAAUGCACCAGCAGCUGGUUGUUCAAACUUCAAACUCCUCUUAUAAAUUAAUCCCAUCAAAAGAUAUGUAUAUGUGACUCAGUAUCUCUCGCUUGAACAUGCAUGAAAGAACUAAUGUCUCCAAAAUAAAACAAUUGGCAGCUUUUUAUUCUUUGAGAAACAAGAAGAGACUCGUAUCAUAUUCAUACAUACAAAAGUUUGAAAAGUGGUUGCCAUAAUGAGCCGGGAAAAGCCGUCUUUGGCUCAAUGAAGAGAUCUGGACGACAUGUGGAGUGAUAGGAUUUGCUCGUAGGCUUCUUUCAUUUGAGAAAUUGGGAAGAAAGUUUGAAGAGCAAGUUGACAGGGCGGAAUUCGCUCCUAGCCACCAUCUCAGGGAGACAGCCAUUGCUGCAAACGCAAAAAGGAAAGGAAAAGGAAAAGAAAGAAACAGAAUACCUCUAACUCCACACAUUCCCCCCACUUCUUUCACUUUUCCUUUUUUGCUCUUCUUUCUCUUUGAUUUUCCACUUCUUUUCCAUUCUCUCUCCACCUUAAACAAACAGAGACAAGAGAAUGGAUAAUGGGUACCAUGUCUAUCUUAGAUCUUGGAUAUCCUUCCCCUGAUUUCAUGAUAAUAGACAAAAGGAAAAGAAAGAGUAGUAGCUUCCAUGUUCUUCAUUAUCCAAAUGUAAACCACAUUGAUUCUUACAAAACAACAAACACUAUGUGUUAACGUUUUCACAACCCAAAAAACCAGCAAACAAGUGCCUCUGAGGAAGAAGAACAAACAAGGGCCUGUGAGGAAGAAGAAGAAGAUACACAAUGUUGCAGAGAGCUGCAGGCAAUGCUUAUUCAUGGUGGUGGGCCAGCCACAUCAGAACAAAACAAUCCAAAUGGCUCGAGCAAAACCUUCAAGAUAUGCAAGAAAAGGUGCACAACGUGAUGGCCCUGGUAUCAGAAGAUGGAGACUCCUUCGCCAAGAGGGCAGAAAUGUACUACAAGAAACGGCCAGAGAUCAUCAUCUUCGUCGAAGAAUCCUACCGAGCUUACAGAGCAUUAGCCGAGCGCUACGAUCACAUCUCCACCGAGCUUCAGAAUGCCAACAACACCAUCGCCUACGUCUUCCCCGAACAAGUCCAGAUGGCAAUGGAAGAUGAAGACGACAUCCCUUCCCCACGUUUCCUUAAGAAACUCCCCGCCGCCGGCGAUCUCCCCAAGGGCAACAUCCCAAAAGUGCCCAAGCUCCCCAAAGAGAUAAAGGGCAUGUUCCAAUCCGCCACUAAAAAACUCCAACCCAAGAAAUCGAUCAAGGUGACAACCUCAUCAUCGUCUCCAGCUGCUCCAAAACCCACUAUGUCGAAACCUGAAGCGUUCAAACAGAUCGACAAGCUUCAGAAGCAGGUUCUGGUUUUACAGACAGAGAAAGAGUUUGUCAAGAGCUCGUAUGAAAACGGGUUGGCGAAAUAUUGGGAAAUUGAUCAGCAGAUUAGAGAGAUUCAGGAUAAAGCAUGCAGCUUGCAGGAUGAAUUCGGCGCCGAAACGGUGAUCGAUGAUGAUGAAGCACGAUCGGUGAUGACGUCAGCUGCCCUGCAAUCGUGCCAGGAGACUCUGGCGAAACUGGAGGAGAAGCAGGAAAAGUCGGCCGAGGAGGCUAAGAAGGAGAGGAAGAGGAUUAAGGAAGCCCAGGAUAAGCUCAAGUCUCUUCUGAAUCAAAACUCUUCUGGAGAAAUUGACCAGGGAAAGGGGAGGGAGGAGGAGGAGAGCAGUUCCGAUGUUGCAACGACAGCUGCUGCUGCCACAGAGGAAGAAGAAAAGGAGGAGAUGAGAGCUUUGCAACAGCAGAGGCAGGAGAUCGAGGUAUUGAGGGAAAAGAUAAAGAAGCAUUUUGAGGCGAGUGCUGAUUCAUCUUUCACUGUUAGUGAGAUGGCUGAAAAGAUUGAUGAGUUGGUGAACAAGGUGAUUGGACUAGAAGCAGCGGUUUCUUCUCAAUCUGCGUUGAUUCAGAGGAUGAAGGCUGAGACUGAUGAGCUUAAUGGUGAGAUCCAGAGUUGCUUGGAAAGUGGUGAUAAAGAGAAGGUGGAGAAUGAGAAGGUGGAGGAGUUGGAGAGGAAGCUGGAAGGGAUUCAGAAGAUGAAUGAGGAUGUUGAAAAUCAAAGCACGAACCUACAGACGAAUUUCAUGGAAGCAAAGUGUAAUCUUGAUCAUUUGCAUGAUAAGUUGGAUAGCGUGAAGCCAGAUGAGGAAGUUCAGACUCCACCAAGGCAGCAGUUUAAGAAAGCUCCCAAGUUCGAAUCAUCCCAACAGCAGCCAUUUGUUAAGGGGAAGAACAUAAGGAAUGCAGUUGCUGAGUUUGAUAACUCGGUGAAACAAGACAAAGAGAAAAGUCAGAGGGAGUUGAAGCAGCAACAAGUAGCUGAUGAGAUUAGGCAAGCAAGGGAGGCAAGGGAAUCGAGGAAGAAGGUCAGAAUUUCAGAUAAGAAAAAGAAGGACAAGCCAAAGAAGGAAAAGGACAAGAAGUCCAUGGAAGAAACUGCCAACGUGAAACAAGAAGUGGAACAAGUUGCAGAACAAGUAAAAAAUGUUGCUGCAAAUGUGAGGACAGAAGAUCAAGGAUAUGUUGCUGAAACAACAGAUGGAAAUUGGACACGAGAAGAAAUUGGAGGAGAGGAAAUUGGACACGAGAAGAAACAAGAAGAGCAGAAACCGAUUCAUUCCGUUUCGAUUGGUGAAAUGUUGGGGGAUACCGGAACAGAGGUAGAGAGAAAAGAACAAGAUCUUGGGAGCUUGUUGGGAGAUGAUCUGAAGAAAGAAAUUCAAACCCAGAUGAGAUAUGAAGAUGAGUCUUCAGAGGAUGCUAAAGCAGUUUCAAAGCAAAAAUCUUUGAAGAAACUCGAGAAGCUUGGUUCUGGUACACAAGAAAAGGUAGAAGCAGCAGCAGCAAAUGUUGACGCUGGUGAUGAACAAGGAGUAGAAGAAAGAAAGAAUGCAGAUUUGACCAGAGGAGAAGAAAUUCAGCAGGUGCAGAAACCAGAUGACAACUUGAACCAGUCUGUAUCAGUUGCUGGUAACCAAGAUCUUGGUAGCCUGCUGAUGAAGGAUUCACAAGGAGUUCAAUCUGAAGAGAAACAACAACAUAACACUGCAGAGGAUUCUAGCGACGAGAAAACUGUUGCAAAACAAAUAUCUUCGAAGAAAAUCGAAAUGCGUAGUGCUGAUACACAAGAAGUGGCAGCAGCUGCAGUCGCUAAUGUUGACAUUGAUGCAUCAGAAAAUGCAACAGGAAAUAGACAAGCUGAUCUUAGUGGUGAAACACAAGUAAAAAAAGCAACAACAGAAGCAGCAACAACAACUGAUGAUAAUAGUGCUCAAACACAAGACAAUGCAUCAUCACUGAAAAGUGAGAGUGAAGACGACGAACCGGAUUGGAAGCAGCUGUUCCUGAAAGGUGUGGAGAAUAGAGAACAAGUUCUUCUUGCAGAGUACACGACCAUUCUUCGAAGCUACAAAGAAGUUAAAAAGAAGCUCACAGAAACAGAGACUAAAGGAGGGGAUAGCUUGUUUGAUAUAACGAUCCAGCUGAAAGAAUUAAAGGCAGCCAACGCGAAAAAGGACGAACAGAUUCGAAUGCUGAAGAAAAAACUUAGCCUCUUGCAGCAAGAUAAUGAUGACCAACCUGAGUCACCAUUCACAGUGGCGGAUAUAUUACACGACUUCAAUCUGGAUCUUGAUGAUGAAAUCUCGCCCAUUGAAGAGAGGUUUCGGUCGAGCAUUGAUGAAGUUUUGGAGGAUAACUUGGAUUUCUGGCUGAGGUUCAGCACCACAUUUCAACAGGUGCAGCAAUUUGAGACCGAAGUCAGAGACUUACAAUCUGAGUUGUCUGAACUGGAGGAAAAGUUGGGGAAGCAAGAAGGGAGCAGCCAUGGGAAGUACAGUCUGAAAUCGGAUGCAAAGCCAUUGUAUAAGCACCUAAGAGAGAUCCAUGCUGAGUUAACAAUUUGGAUUGAGAAAGGUAUGACGCUAAAAGAUGAACUCAAAGGAAGAUUCUCUGCUUUGUGUGAGAUUCAGGAUGAUAUCAAAGAAGCUCUCAAGGAGAGUGCUGAAGAUGAAGAGUUCAAGUUCACCAGCUACCAGGCUGCAAAAUUUCAAGGUGAGAUUCUAAACAUGAAGCAAGAGAACAACAAAGUUGCAGAUGAAUUGCAAGCAGGGUUAGAUCAUGUGACAACCUUACAACUUGAGGUUGAGAGAACACUGGCCAAAUUGAACGAGGAAUUCAAGCUUUCUGGUUCUAAGAACCGCCAGAAUAUCCAACUUCAACACUCAGAGAGCCGAGCUCGAGUUCCUUUGAGAUCUUUCAUUUUUGGAGUCAAACCAAAAAAGCAGAAGCAUUCAAUUUUUGCCUGCGUCCAUCCAGUACUCCACAGAAAGUACAAUGGAUUCAGAUCAGGAUUAAAUCUAUGAUUAAUGUAUCUUCCUUUUUUCUUUUUUCCCAUUUUCUCACCCCUCCUUUCUUGGUGUAUUGUAUUUGUAGAUUCUUUCAUUAUGUAACUUUGUCUAUCCAGAGAGAUCAUGGAUUCUGUUUCUGGAUAUUCUGUGUACUUUAGACACUUGCAGAGUUUUUAAUGGAGAAUUUUCAGAAUAUUGACAAUGCUUCUUUGGAUGUUCCGAAACAGAUCUAAUUUCUUAUAUUUAAUUUCCCUUGUGAUUGGAUAAGACUAAGUAAAAACAGAGGAAGAAAGAGACACCAUUUAU